UCCAGGUGAAAGGCUAUAGAAGAGUAUAGUAUGGUAGUGAUGGAUGGAAGCAAUAUUUAUGACAAAAUGACUAAUCAGCUUGUCUCAUACUAGUUGAUACUUAAUCAAUCUUCAAGAAAUUCAACAAAUGAACAGGCUUUAAAAGUGAAGAUAUAAACAUGGCAUUUACGAAGUAUUUGUGGACAAUAAUUAUCUGUUUACCUGUGACCUGUGGUCAGUUAUUACACUACGCUGUGUCCGAGGAAUCUGCCCUUGGAACAUUGAUCGGAAACAUUGCCAUAGACGCCAACCUAUCCUCUGGUGAUCUCACGAGGGAAUACAUCUUUUUAUCUCAAUCAAACCCUCUAACAUCUUUAUUUCAACUCGAUGAAAAAACGGGAUCUCUUUCCGUUGGAAUGCGAAUUGACAGAGAAUCUCUCUCCGAAUGUAAAUUUGUCACAGAAUGCCUGCUUAAUUUGGAUGUGAUCUGUCGUAAUUCAGGAAGUUUUUAUCAAAAAGUUAAACUGAAAAUAGAAAUUCUGGAUAUUAAUGACAAUUCCCCCACCUUUCCUGAUGGUUCUGUGAAUUUGUCGGUAUCGGAGGGGUCUUUGGUGGGGACAUCUUUCCCCAUUGAAGGGGCUGUAGACAAGGACAGUGGACAUUAUUCGGUAAAUAUUUAUAAGGUUGUCCCUCAUACAGCACCAUUUUCCGUCCAGUUUCAGAAAAAUGUCGAUGGAAGUUCUCGUGUUCGUCUUGUUCUCAACAAAACUCUCGACCGAGAAAUUCAAAAGUCCUACCAGUUUCAGGUUGUGGCUGAAGAUGGUGGCGCACCUGCAAAUGUUGGAACCUUGCUUGUUUUUGUGAACGUUCUGGACAUUAAUGACCAACAGCCCGUGUUCACUCAGGCCCAGUACAAUGUUACUGUGGAUGAAGAUGUUGCAGUAAACACCACAAUUCUAACCGUCAGAGCACAGGAUGAUGACGAAGGGCUGAAUGGUGACGUCAUUUAUAGCUUAAGUCCUCGACAGGAUGAUAAAAUUUUGAAGUUGUUUCAAAUUGUUCCAACGAGUGGGGCUUUGCAAGUGAAGGAAUCUUUAAUUUUUGAACCUGGAAAACAGUAUAGAAUUAUUGUAGAGGCUAGUGAUCGUGCCAAACAGCCUCUUAUGUCUCAAACCCAAAUAACUGUUAAUGUGCGAGAUACUCAUAACAACCCACCACGGAUCAAGGUGGAUUUGCUGUCAAACACCGACAAAGCUCAGAUAUUGGAGAGUGCUUCACCUAAUGCCCCCAUAGCACACGUCACUGUGGACGACCCGGAUACCGGCUAUAAUGGAAAUAUUAAUUGUUCAAUUCGGAGUGAAAAAUUUCAACUCCAAAAAUUUAAUGUUCUUGAGUAUAAGGUUGUAGUGUCUCAGCCAUUAGAUAGAGAAGUGCAAUCGGAGUACAGCGUCACUGUACUGUGUCAAGAUGAGGGCACUCCACCUCUGAAAGCGUCCUCAACCUUUAAAGUGACCGUCCUUGACGAGAAUGACCAUGACCCGGUGUUUACAAAGCCUGGGUAUGUGGUGCAAACCCAGGAAGACAACAACAUUGGAUCCAGUCUCAUUAGAGUUUCUGCUUCUGAUAAAGACACUGGUAAAAAUGCUGAAAUCACAUAUAGACUUCAGCCGUCAAAAUACAACUUUUUUAUUGACCCUAAAACAGGACUUAUUUCUGCACAGUUCAGACUUGACCGGGAGGAAACAUCUUUGAUCAAACUUAACGUCCUUGCAGUAGAUGGUGGUUCUCCUUCGAGGACAGGUACUGCCAGUGUUGUCAUCAGAAUUACUGACAUCAAUGACAACAAACCUGAAUUCCAAAACGACAGCUUUGAAUUUGCCAUUCAGGAAAAUGCUCCUAAAUAUACAUCUGUUGGAUUACUUAUUGCAACUGAUAAAGAUGAAAAUAAAAAAGUGACAUUCUCCCUUUUACCACAGUACAGUGGUGGAAUACCUUUUGAUAUUCUACCUAAUGGAACCAUCAGAACGACAGAGGUUCUAGACCGAGAGGUCAUUGCCAAGUAUCAGUUCACAGUUGUGGCGUCUGAUUCCGGGUCUCCUCCCCAACAAUCGUCUGCUAAGAUCACCAUUGAUGUUUUGGAUAUGAAUGACAAUGACCCCAUCUUCAUGUUCCCAAGCGAUAACAACAGUACUGUCAUCAUCUCAUAUCAGACCUUACCCCACACCGUCAUUGCUCACUUAGAUACCAGGGACAUUGAUGAAGGACUCAACGCAACCGUGACCUACGUCACUAGGGACAGGAACUACUCACAUCUUUUUCAACUAAACAGUUUGUCUGGGAGACUAAUUCUUAUGAGACAACUGACAACGAAAGAAAUUGGAAAAUAUAAACUGUCCAUCAUUGCCCAAGACAAAGGAACACCCCCAAGGACUACCGAAAGGACAAUGACGAUAAUAGUGACAAGUCAACAGAUACCAGAUGGGAUUUCUGCACCAGACGAUCACAAAUACUUUCUCAUCGCUAUAGCAAUUUCCUGUGUUACCAUAGUGAUUGCGGUGGUCAUCGUCUUGACAAUUUGUUUGAUCAAAAGAGCCGAUCGAUUGCGUCAGAAAUAUCACGAACAACAAAAAACUGAGCCCUAUUCUGAAAUUUCAGCUCAAAGAUUCCAUGAGAAUGCCAUGGAUUCUUUACACUGCAGUGGGAUGUUGGACAAAGAAUCACCUGAGCACCAGUUGUACCCGGUUCUCCACAGUUCCAUGGUGGACUCCCAGAUUUCCACUAAAGGGAUCACCGCUAAUCUUGGCCAGGAUGACAAAAUACAUCACCAGUUAACUCCCUUUACUCUCCAACACGUACUAAGGUCCAGUAACUCUUACAGACCAGGGUCACAAUUGGUGAGAAAAGAAAAGGACAGCACAAGUGAUCGUUCAGGGGAGCUCACUCCAAGUGACAGUGGCCGAGGCGGAAGUGAAGAUGACCUUAACAACAGUAUUCUACUUUCUCAUUCCAGUUCAAUAGAUUUUGAAAAUACAAAGCACAAUUCGCCGAGAAAAGAAUUGUCAUUUAGUACCUUCAGUAGACCGAAUUUAAAGCUGCAUGGAAAUUCUAUAAACGCAAAAGACAAUUUGCAGCAGAAAGUGACAUAUCCAUGCAAUAAUCUUUCUCCUCAGCAGCGAAAUGCUGCAGGAGUGUUCCAGAGACAGGAGAGUUUGUAUUCAGACGCCGGAAGUUACUGUGGUCAUGACGACAGUACGACGACUUCUGGAAGCUAUGUUUUGGAUCAGGAGGACAUUUUUGAUGGACUUAAUUCGAGUUUACACAGGGGACAAUGCAUUGUGUGAAUAUUGUAUUCUUCAUUCGUAUGUGGUCAUAUAUAUCAUUCUAAAAUCAAAACGAGAAACACAGUCCCAUAAUAUUCCAUAUGUGCCAAAUAAUAUAUUCAAAUACAAGGUGCUAUAAAUCUUUAUGUUUAAUUAAUGUGUUCAAUAUGAUCAUAUCAUGAUAUAAUUUU